AUGAGGAAAGGGACCACAGUGAAGCAGAACCAACCAGUGACCAGCAGCUCCUCUCUCCCAGCUCUGCUAUAGCUGAGAGCCAGGAUCAGGAAGGAAGCCAGCAUGGAGACUCAGGAUCAGCCAGUCACAGUAGCAAUGUGGACAACUCUCCCCUGUCAGAGACUCAGUCUAAACCUCCCACAGGUAAAAAGUCUGUAAAGUGUGACACUUGUGGUAAAGCUUUUAAGUGGAAGUCUGAUUUGGAUAGACAUUUCAGAAUCCACACAGGUGAGAGGCCGUAUUGUUGUCAAACCUGUGGAAAAAGCUUCACACAACGUGCAAAUUUAAUGAACCAUAUGAGAACCCACACAGGUGAGAAGCCAUAUGUUUGCAGCACCUGUGGGGAAAGAUUUAAUCGGCCAUCAGUACUGAUUUAUCAUUUAGGAACCCACACAGAUCAGAAGCCGUAUUGUUGUGAGACCUGUGGACAAAGUUUCAGAUAUCACAGACACUUGUCAGCCCAUCUGAGAAUCCACAUGGUUGAGAAGUCCUAUUCUUGUAAAACAUGUGGGAAAAGCUUCACACAACGCCAUGCCUUUGUUGGCCAUAUGAGAAUCCACUCUGGCGAGAAGCCUUAUGUUUGCCACACCUGUGGAAAAAUAUUUAAGCAGUCAUCAUCACUGUAUUAUCAUUUAAGAACCCACACAGGUGAGAAGCCGCAUUCUUGUAAAAUAUGUGGAAAACGCUUCCACCAACCUAAUAACUUAGUGGUCCAUAUGAGAACCCACACAGGUGAGAAGCCUUAUUCUUGUAAAACAUGUGGAAAAAGCUUCUCACAAAGUAAUUCCCUUGUGGUCCAUAUGAGAACCCACACAGGUGAGAACCCAUAUGUUUGCAAAAUCUGUGGCAAAGGAUUUAAGCAGUCACCAGCACUGAACUGUCAUUUAAAAACUCACACAGGUGAGAAGCCACAUUCUUGUCAAACAUGUGGAAAAAGUUUCAUAUAUAGCACUUCCUUGUCUGCCCAUAUGAGGAUCCACACAGGUGAGAAGCCUUUUUCUUGUAAAACAUGUGGGAAAAGCUUCACACAUCGUAUCGCCCUUGGGGUCCAUAUGAGAAACCACACGGGUGAGAACCCGUUUGUUUGCAAAAUCUGUGGGAGAGGAUUUAAGCAGUCAACAGCACUGAAAUAUCAUUUAAGAACACACACAGGUGAGAAGCAGUUUUGUUGUGAAGCAUGUGGAAAAAGUUUCACACAGCGUAGUAACUUGGUGGCCCAUAUGAGAAUCCACACAGGUGAGAAGCCUUAUUCUUGUGAAACAUGUGGAAAAAGUUUCACAUAUAACAGUUACCUGUCAGCCCAUAUGAGAAGCCAUACAGGUGAGAAGCCGUAUGUUUGCAACACAUGUGGGAAGGGUUUCUGGCGGUCCUCACAACUAAAAGUUCAUUUAGGAACCCACACAGGUGAGAAGCCAUAGUACUGCAGCAGCUGUGGUAUAAGCUUCUCUAUGAAAUCAGAUGUGAAAAGACAUAAGAAUUCAUUUGUACAGUGGAGUCCAGGACCCGUUUUCAGUCAGGAUUCUAUGUUUGGAAAGUGCUGAUCCACACAUGUUUAUGAGUAUGAGCAACACCAGCAAAGGUUUACUAUGGACCAACACCGCCCUCAUCUGGUUAAAGCAUGUUAGGUCUCUCACACAAAACAUGUGUUACCCAAAUGAUCUGUAAAGUUUUCAGUUCCCAAAUGUUUUGGAGUUAUACUGUGUGUUAUUUGACUGUUUGAUUUAAACUGACAUAAUA